CUUCCUGCUGUCUUUCUGUAUCCUUGUAUCUCGCGCAGCACCUGUGCUGGACGUGUUCAGUCUUCUCCAUACAAACAACAGAGUUUGCAAAAACCGAGUACUGAUCUGGAAGCGAGCUCGCGCUCCGGAAAUGGACCGGUUACAGCGUUCACAGUCACUUUUCCGCCUUGUUUUUGUCGUUAUCUGGUGUGUGUUUGAAGCUAAAGCCAAAGCAGACCAUGCUGUAUCUCUUCAAAGACACAGGAGAGAAUGGAUUGUUCCUCCACAAGUUUUAGAGGAGAAUGUCGACUACACUAAACAGAGCUCUAUUGCUAGGAUACGGUCAGACAGGGAAGAUGCGAGUAAAGGCCCCAUAAGAUAUUCCUUGAAGGGCAUCGGUGCAGACCAGCCACCCUAUCACUUGUUUGUGGUGGAGCCUUCCACUGGCAAUGUUCGAGUAACUGGAAUCCUGGACCGAGAGGAAAUUGGCCAAUACAAUCUCUCUGGAAUUGCUACAUACCCUGAUGGCACAGUGGCAGAGGCUGAUAUCCAGCUGAGAAUAAAAGUCAAAGAUCAGAAUGACAAUGCACCCGUUUUCCUGCCCAUCAGCACAGGAUCUGUGAACGAGCUUAGCUCUAUAGGUACAACCGUCAUGAAACUAUCAGCAACCGAUGCCGACGAACCAGGGAAUAUCAACUCUCAGAUCUUCUAUGAGAUUGUUGAUCAGAAGCCUCCCGGAGAAAGGAUGUUUAGUAUCAAUCAGAAAGGAGAAGUGAUUGUUGCCAGGGAAAACUUAGACCGAGAGUCAAUUGACCAGUAUGUACUUACUGUAAAAGCCUCAGACCUCAACGGGGGUCCAGGUUGCAAGACCGGAAUGGCAACGUUCAAUAUCCAGGUCAUGGAUGUCAAUGAUAACGUCCCAAAACUGGAACAAGAAGCUUUUGAAGCAAGUAUUGAGGAGAACACUGAGAACGUGGAGGUGAUGAGAUUUAAAACCAUUGAUAACGACUUGGCAAACACUGACAACUGGCAGGCUCAAUACAACAUCGUGUCAGGGAAUGGGGGUGGCCAUUUCAAGAUCGUCACUGAUCCAAAGACCAAUGAGGGAGUCCUGAUGCUUGUCAAGCCUGUAGACUAUGAGGAAGUGAAAGACAUGAAUCUGGGCAUCACUGUGAGCAAUGUGGCCCCAUACUAUUCAGGAUCUGGGUCUCAAUCUGUUUCCGGAGUGGUGAUCGCACCAGGAGGAGGAGGAGGAGGAGGUGGAGGUGGAGGACAGGGCGGAGGGGCAGGAUCAGGCGGAGGAACAGGUAUAGGAGGAGGGGCAGGCACAGGAAUAACAGGAAUGGGAGGCAGUGGGACAGCAGGAGCGUCUGGUAAAAUCUACAAUAUGCAUGUUAAUGUAAAGAAUCAACCGGAAGGCCCAGGCUUCAUUCCCAAAGUAAAGUCCAUUCCGAUUUCUGAAAAUGGCAAGAUGGUUGAUAUAACAAAGGUCCUCACAACGUACACUGCUACUGAUUCAGAUACAGGAUUGCCUGCUGAAAGAGUAAAAUAUGUGAAAGGCUCUGAUCGAGACAACUGGCUAUCCGUCGACGAGAAAACCGGUGAAAUUAAAUUGAACAAACUCCCAGAUCGAGAGUCUCCAUACCUGGUCAAUGGGACUUACAUGGCAGAAAUCCUCUGCAUUAGCCAAGACAUGCCCUCUAAGACUGCCACGGGCACAGUCGCCAUCCAAGUGGAGGACUUUAAUGACCACUGUCCUGUUCUAGUCAACAAAACACAGCCUUUGUGCACCACUCAGGAAGUUUUGUACGUCACUGCAGAGGACAAAGAUGCUUUUCCAAAUGCAGGUCCUUUUACAUUCACCGUUAUCCCUGAAGGCACUGAUGGAAAAUGGGAAUUGGAGCAUUUGAGUGACACAACAGCCAUGUUGAAGCCCAUCGAAGCACCGUGGCCAGGCCCUCGUCAGGUGACUUUGGAAAUUUUCGACCAGCAGAAGGUGUCGUGUCCAGACAAGCAAGUGCUAAAAGUGAAUGUUUGCACAUGCGAUAAAUCAGGAGUGUGCGCCACGAAGGCGGGUGAAACCAAGGGCUCAAAACUUGGUGGUGCUGCAAUUGGCUUGCUUUUACUGGGACUCCUCCUGUUAUUACUUAUUCCACUUCUACUGCUGUUGUGUCAAUGUGGAGCAGCCGGCAUGGUUGGAGCCUUCACUGACAUGCCUUUUGACACUAAAGAGCAUCUGAUUUCUUACCAUACUGAAGGGCAGGGAGAAGACCGGGAUGUGCCCUUACUUCUGAGUGACAUUGAUGGUCCUGGAAUGAUCAACGCGGGCUCAAAAGGUGGCUUUGGGGCCAGCAUGGCAGGUUUUGGUAUUGGAGCUGCAGGAGCAGCAGGAGCGGCAGGAGUUGGCAGUUACAAGGUGUCCACCAUGAACGGGGAGGUUACAUGUAUAAUCAGAUGGAAAAGCCAGGCCUUAUAUGCCACAACUGAAGACGAUUUGCUGCAAUUUGGGCUUGAGGGUCAGGGCUCACCAGCAGGUUCUGUAGGCUGCUGCAGCAUCCUGGGAUCAGAUGAUGAUACAGAGUACCUGAAUGACUUGGGACCAAAGUUCACUACCCUAGCUGAGAUAUGUAGAGGCAAAAAGUUCACAAUGGAAGCUCCCACCCCUACUCCUUUUUUUCCUCCUUCUCCUCCAAAACCCAUUGUAGAGCACACGGAAUCAGUUUCCAUGCAAACCAACAUGGCUAACACUGUCAACAUGGCUAACACUGUCAACAUGGCUAACACUGUCAACAUGGCUGCCAAAGUUGAAGCACCCUCUACCAUGCACAGGGAGGAGAAUGUGGUAGUUACAAACACCCAAGUAGUGUCAGAUAUGCAGCCGGUCCAGACUCUGCCUACCCAGACCCUGAUGGUGCAGCAGCAGCCAAUGUACUACAUGGUGGAGCCGCAGGUCUCUAACACUGUGUUAUUGGCCGAGAGGCCCACUAUGGGACUGACCCAAGGGAUGUAUGUGUUGAAUGGAGCUCCAAUGAACGAAAGAUUCCUGGUCCAGGGUGCUGUCCCAUCACAAGCCACAAUUGGUGGAGGCGAAAGAGUGAUGUUUUUGGGAACACACGGAGGAUCCACCACGGCACUAAACACAGGCCUGCUCCAGUCAGCCAACAUGUCUGGAUCCCAGCUGCUAUUGGUUGAUACGGGUGCACAAGGUGGCCAGGUCCUCCAAGGAACACUGCAGAGAGGGGGUAUCGCUGGAUCUCAAGGUAUAUAUAUGGUCGAAGGCCAAGGAGGGUCCGCAAUUCACGGAACCCUCCAAAGAGGCGUAGCUGGAGGAUCUGAGAGUAUGGUGCAUAUCCUGGAACAACAAGGGGGAACGUCAGGAAUCACACAUGGAACCCUGCAAGGGGGGAUAACAUCCAGUGUUUUCUCCCAAAAUGGGACUAUUGGAGUGAACACAAGCACUGCACAUGGACUUCCCAGCUCACGUCAAGUUCUGGUCCAAGAGAAGAAGGUUGUGAAAACCAACCUGUAAUGAUGGAUACAUUUUUCUCAAUGCAAUACAACACCAGUAGUCGGAGGUAACACUCUCAAUGCUUUAACAAGCUUUUUGAUUCUAAAAUGGUCUUAUAUUCAUUAGUGCAUAUACUGUCUUAUUUUUUUCUAAACAUAGCUGUGUAUUUGGUCAUUUUGGUGUUUUUGUUUUGUUUUUGUUUUUGUUUUAUUUUCCAUUAAGUUCAAAGUGGUUGUUAGGGUUAAUGUGUUUCUUUGGUAUUAAUAUGCACUUAGAAGUCAUAUCGCAAGAAACACUACUGAAAGGCUGUAUCAAUAUGUCAACUAUACAAAUUCAGUGUUUCAAUUUAUAUUAAAAAAAAAAGUAGAUUAUUUAAUUUUGUAUUGUCAGAGCAUAUUACAUAAAGAAAUGUCAUUCUUUUUACAAAAACAAACUGGAAUUCCAUGCUUUAAAAGUAAAGGCUAGCCCCUCCAUUACAUUAAGAGGUGGUAGUCUAUGCUUGAAGGGUUUCUUUUACUGAUAUACCCGCCUUUUAUCUCAAAAAGAAAAACUAAUAAAAAAUGCAGAAAAAAAAAACUGUUGAUCAGUUUAGGGUUUUUUAGAAAGUCACUUUAUCAUAGAGGUCUGAAAUAUGUGUACUAACUUUGGAUAUUUUUAAAUAAAAUAAUAAGAAAAAUGUUUUGUAAUUGCACAGAGGACGAGUUACUUUUGCUCCCAAUUUUGAGGACAUCUUAUGUAAGCUUGUCGAAAGUAUUGUAAUGUUAAAUGACAUCAAAACAAUUUAAGGUAGCAACAUGAACACAUUAUGCAUGUGCUCAAACACAAUAUACAACAAAAACUCAUACACUACACUAUUAUCAGCUUUUAUACAACUCCAUAUUUACAAUAUGGAGUUGUAUUUCUAAGAGAAAGGAGCAGUGUACUGCAGCCUUAGAUUUGAUGUCUUACAUUUGAUGUCUAGCUCUUCCAACCUUUCAUAAUGUUGUUCUGAUGUGUCAUUUCUUUUUUUUUUUUAUAUCUGAAUGUAAAGUCUUUUUUUUAACAUAGUAUGUUAGUUCAUUUGUAUCUUCCUUUUUCUGUUACGAAUGACUGUACAGUUACAGUAACUCCUUUCUCUAACGGGUUUCCAUUUAUACUUGAGAGAUAAAGCGAUAUUGGGUAUUGGAAUAAUAUGGGAAUACAGUAGUACCUUGGGUUACGGAUUCGUUCCGGAACACCAUUCACACCCUAAAAAAUUCGUAUAUACCAAUAUGAAUUUCCCCAUAAGGAAUAACGGAAAGUGGGAUCAUUUUUUCUGAACGACCCCAAAUAUUCGUAUAAAAAUACAACCAAUAUGGACUAAUAUUAUUUAGUAUUUAGCAUUUAAUAAUGGUGCCUUAACAUCUAAAAGAGGAAAACAGUAUCUUAACUUGGUACUUUACCUUUUAGAAGAGUGAAUGCUGGAGAAUUAUUGUUUGGAAAGAGAAUCUCCACUACUAUAAUAGCGUAUACGAUACUGUUCAGUAAUGACUACUGUAUUGUAGUAAUAACGCAACAAAGACACAACGAUAAACAGGGCUAAGACGGUGCUAUCACAAUGAAUUCUGAACUUUCUGACGUGGGAAAGCGUGCAGGUUGCGUGUCGGAUGAUCCAACGUCCCCUCAAAAUCUUUUCGAAUGAUUCGUAUCCUGAAUUUAUGCGUAAAUCGAUACGCACAUUUUGGGCGAAUUACGUUCGUAUCCCGAGGUUCCACUGUACCGAAAUAUGUCUUGAGAUCAUAUAAUAGUUGUUAAUAUUUUUUUUUUACGGAGAGUUUUAUCUCAACAAUGGUUCUACUGUAUUUUUUUUUUUUUUUGCGUAUAGAUUUUCAAUUGCAUCAGCGAAAUGAAUGUGCUUAGUUAUUAACUGCCAUUUGCGACAAGAGAGAAAGCUUUAGCUUUGAGCUGUGGGUAUUAAACUGAAACCACUUGGAUUUCAUUUCUCAUUUUGUUGCAGAUUUUAAAACAAUAAACUGAUAAACAAUAA